AUGUCUGAUGGCGACACUCGCCCUUGGGUGGCUUCGGUUCCCACUCGCCUUGGCCAGACAGCAUUUCCCGAGAAGAGCAAGUUUCAACGACACGGAUCUUCGUCAAAGGGAGAUGCUUAUAAUUCAGGAUCAUUACGCCGAUUUGUGAGACGGCUGCGGAGGAAAGGAGACAAGAUCGUCCUGCCUGACUCACCCUUACACCACGAAAAGCAGAAACUUGAUUACGUAGUUCGUAUUCAACCGACUCCAUCUGAGAUCGACGCGAUGGACUACGACCCUCUGGUCAUGAUGGAUUGUGAAACGCCGACGGAUAUUGAGCACGAGCAGAAGCAACUCCACAUGCCAGUAGAUGGCAAGGAGUGUCCUUCGAGGACCACGCUGAUUAAGGUAUUGAAUAACUUUUUGUCACGAAGAAAGGCCUCAAAGAAGAUGCGGGAGAUAUCGGAAGAGGAUGGAAAGAGGAUUCUGUCUUGGAUGGCAGCACACCAUGAUGCGGACCCAUAUCUACAUAGUGCCAAGCUUGAGGAGGAAUCAACGAUGUCCACAUACCUCCGACAUUGUAGCGACGCAUCAACUUUGAUAGCUGAAGAGUCUCAUUUGGGUUCUGAAGUUGAAAGGCGAUAUGCACCGUGUGGACCGCAAUAUCAUGACUUCACGCGUCAAUACCAUGAUUUCACGCGUUACGAGAUGGAGAACAAUUUUCUCGCCGAGCUAAUGGAUACAUCACCUCGCGUCGAGCUGCCGGACACCUCAUCUCCAGCCUUAACAGACACCUCAUCUCCGGCCUUGGCAUCAUCAGAUGUUUCAGUGGCGACACCAAGUGUGUGGGCUGGCUCAACAUUAGGGGACAGGAGUGAAACUUCCAGCUCCGGUAUGACUAGCCAAUAUGGGUCCGUCACGUCAGCGCAAAAAUGCAACAGUGUGGACAGCACAAAUACGUCUAAGGUCUACGAACAUCGCAACAAAAUUUCUCCAUCAAGAGAAGUCCUCGCGUCUGACGAGAACCAUUCCACGUGUGACGGGAGCCCAGCGGUGCCGAAACCGCCCCCGAUCAUGGUGGAGCACGAGCUGACGGCGGAAAACAAGGCUGUUACCGCCCCGUCGAUAGUGUCUACUGACAAAAUGCUCGCCGAGGAGAGUUACAAUUUGGUCGCUGUAAUCUUGAAGCGUGAUCAAGUACCAGGUUCGAAGAGACCGAGCAUGUUUCCAAGUGAUGAAUCGCCGCAAGAACUAUGGCGGGUCGAAGCAGCCACAGAACGAGUGGAUCGACGCAAAGGAAAGAUUUCUGAAAGGGACCUCAGACUGAUUGACACCAAGAGCUGUGCUGAGAAUACUAUUAUUGAGGCCCUGAUCUUCCGUCACAAGAAGUCCGCCGGCUUAUCGAAGAAGCAGGCAGGAAAGUCUUCGACCUCGGGAACCGGAAAUGGCGACGGCAAGGCUUCAUCAGAACCAAGGCCACUGGGGCCACCAACCAAGCGGCGACGAACCGAUGAACGCAAAAUCAGCUUUGCCUGCCCGUACUCAAAGAAGGAUCCAAUGAGACAUCGCGAUUGCUACAAAUACACGCUGACAAGAAUCCGCGAUGUGAAGCAACAUUUGACGAGGUGCCACCGCAGGCCCUUAUACUGUCCUCGAUGCUUCGAAAUAUUCGAGACAGAGGACUCCCGGGACGAUCAUAUUAUAGCCUGUGGUAUCGCCUCACCCUCUACCACCAGACCAGAUGGUAUUACCGAAGCUCAGAGGCAGCAACUAUCCAAGAAAUCCACACCCAACUCGCCGUUUGAGGACCAAUGGUUUGCGAUAUGGAAUAUUUUGUUUCCGGGCUCACCGCCGCCGAAGUCGCCUUACGUUGAUAAUGACCUUCUUCAGGGUAUCACUCACUACCAAGAUUUUGUCACGACCAGCGGGCCCCACAUCCUUUCGGAAUUCCUAAGUCAGAGAGGUGCCAUGAUUACUUGGAGCAUGCCCAACGAGGAGCGAGAUCUGGCUGCCUUGCAACAGACCAUACUGGAAGAGGGACUGCGGGCGGUCUUUGCCCAAUGGGCCAGCAACAACGGUAUAGCUCGAGCAGCUUCCACGGCCACUUCGUUGAGCUCAAGUAGUGCACACACAGGAGCAUCAACGCCGCCCACCUCGGCCUCCGUGAACUCGACUAACGUAGCCUUGCCGCCCCAAGGUCACAGUACACUGCGCUACGGGGACCCCAUAAUUUCGAACAAUUAUGCGCCGCCCGAAGCUCAUACGAGAGAGCCCAAUCAGAUAUUUGAAAUGCAUUGCCCAGCUGCUGCUCGGUCAGCGCACCCGCAGGGUCAGGAGUUUGUGCCCAACACAAUAGCUCAGCCAACUUUGAGCAAGGUACCUCGACAUGGAAUCAGUCAGAAUACGCUAGAUGGGCCAUCGUCUAGACGGAGGACCAUCGACCGCGGUAUUGACUACUCGAUGCUAGGACAGCAAUUCAGUGACAACUUUCUCCCAGAUUCGCGGGCUCACCAAGGCGAGCCGUCUUUGCCCAGCAUGGCAACGGAAGUUGGACAGGAGCCCCCCAUAGACGUUCCGCACUCACUCUUGAACGAGGGACCACUUGCAACGUUCGAUUACGAGCCGGAGAGAGCGCACAUACCUUUUGAAGACGACGGCGACGGUUUUAUGGGAGUAUCACUCGCCGGGUCUGUUGCCCCCGGGCUACCAGAAUUGGAUUUUGGGACAGGACUUGGGCAGAUUGACCAUAAUAUGGGUUCAUGGAUGAAUACCCCGUAG